CGGCAGAUAAAAACACCGCAGGACAGGCGCGUUUUGCAGGGACCCCCUCGCGAGGUUUUGCCAAUCGCCGGCGGCACCCUCGUCCUCUCCUCCCAGGAAAAGGGACGGCGGCCAGCUUAUACAUAGGUGCUGCCGGUGCUGCCGGUGCAAGUAGCAUAGCUCGAGGGGGACGGAAGGGAAGGGAAGGGAAGGGAAGGUGCUGCCGGUGCAAGUAGCAUAGCUCGCUAGCUAACCCUUGCCACCACCGAGCUCCGGGGAUUCAUGGAGUCGCUGGUCUCCGGCUCCAGCUCGCUCUCUAGCUAGUUGUUGUGCUGUGCGAGGACGGGAGGAGGGCGGGAGGAGGAAGAAGGGGUGUGAGGUUGUGUGCUGGGUUUGGUUGAGUUGAGCGAGCGAGCUUGGUCGAUCGGCGGCAUGGACGCGUACGAGGCGACGAAGGUGGUGUUCGCGCGGAUCCAGGGGCUGGACCCGGACCACGCGGCCAAGAUCAUGGGGCUGCUGCUCAUCCAGGACCACGGCGAGAAGGAGAUGAUACGCCUCGCCUUCGGCCCGGAGGCGCUGCUGCUCGCCGUCAUGGCCAAGGCGCGCAAGGACCUCGGCCUGCUCCCGGCCUCGGCCUCGGGCCCCGCCACGCCCACCUCCGCCGGCCACUCCUCGCCCUUCAUGCUCUCGCGCCAGAACUCGGGGCGUGGCGGCUGCGGCGGGGGCACGGCGCCCUCGCCGCUCUCGGUCUCCUCGCCCUCGUCCUGGGCCCCGCCGCCGGUGUUCUCCAGGAGCAACAGCGUCAGCAAUGGCAGCGCCGCGGAGGAGAUGGCGGGCGUCGGGGAGGAGCAGCUGAUGAGCCCGGCCAACGGCGGGGGCGGGGGCCCGCAGUCACCCUUCUUCGGCGGGGACUCGCUGAUCCUCGACGAGCUCCACCUGCAGGACCAGCUCGCGUUCCUCAGCGAGGGAGGCAUGGGCGGCGGGGGAGGGCGUCAGCAGCUCCCGCUCUUCGACAACGGCGAGUGCCGCAGCCCCAGCGGCGGCGGCGACGGCGGGCUCUUCCCGUACGGCGCCGCGUGGGCCAACCACGGGCCCGGGCACCGCAGGAGCGCGUCGGUGAGCGAGCUCUGCUUCGGGGGCGGCGACGGCCUCGGCUGGAAGCCCUGCCUCUACUACGCGCGCGGGUACUGCAAAAACGGGAGCGCCUGCCGGUUCGUGCACGGCGGCCUCCCCGACGACCUCGCCGGCGCCAAGAUGGACCAGGCCUCCGUGGAGCAGCAGUGCCAGGACUUCCUCCUCCGCUCCAAGUCCCAGCGCCUGGCCGCCGCCGCCGGCUUCGCCUACUCCCCCACCGGCUCCCUCCCUGGCUCCCCCUCCGCGGCGAGCAAGUGCCUCAGCUUGCUCCUGCAGCAGCAGCAGCAGCAAAACGACGGCCAAAGGGCGGCGGCCGCGGCGGCCGCAGCGGCGCUGAUGCUGGGCGGCGACGAGGCGCACAAGUUCAUGAACCGCCCCCGCCUCGACCGCGGCGACUUCGCGAGCAUGAUGAACCCGGGGUCCCGGCAGAUUUACCUCACCUUCCCGGCGGACAGCACCUUCCGCGAGGAGGACGUCUCCAACUACUUCAGCAUCUACGGCCCAGUCCACGACGUGCGCAUCCCCUACCAGCAGAAGCGGAUGUUCGGGUUCGUCACCUUCGUCUACCCGGAGACGGUGAAGCUGAUCCUGGCCAAGGGCAACCCGCACUUCAUCUUUGACGCGCGCGUGCUCGUCAAGCCCUACAAGGAGAAGGGCAAGGUCCCCGACAAGUUCAGGAAGCAGCAGGGCGAGAGGGUGGACUUCUCCGGCUGCGGGUCUCCCACCGGGCUGGACGCCAGAGACCCCUUCGAUCUGCACCAGAUUGUUGGUGCGAGGAUGCUGCAGCACUCCAACAGCGCCAACGAGAUGCUGCUGAGGAGGAAGCUGGAGGAGCAGCAGCAGGCGGUGGAGCUGCAGCAGGCGAUCGAGCUCCAGAGCCGGCGCCUCAUGGGGCUGCAGCUGCUGGACCUCAAGACCCGCUCCGCCGCCGCCGCCACCGCCGCGCCGACCCCCAUCGGGAAGCCGUUCAGCCCCACCCACACUUCUGCCGCCACGCCGACCCUUGAUUCGCCGCCCGAUUCCGGUAUUACUUGGGAGCAAGGCAAUAGCUGCGGCUUCCUUUUCCCUCACAAGAAUGCGGUCAACGGAGCUGAUAAGGAUGAAACCUCAGGCGAUUCCACCACCAGCCCUAACACUGACAGCGACCAAAGCGCGGAGCAUAACCUGCCGGACAGCCCGUUCGCGUCGCCGACCAAGUCGGGGGCCUUCGCCCGUGAUCCUUUCGCGCCCACCGAGUCGGAGAUCGCCGCCGCCGCAGCCUCGACCGGUUGCAACGCGGCCAGGAACGGCGGCAUCAACGGCAAUGGUGCCAGGAACGGCGGCGGCAUUAACCACCAUCUCCUACCUCCAGCAUUGGACAUACCCUCACCAAAACCUUACUUCUUCCCCAUGUCCAGGCUGUCCUCCGAUCACGGCGCGGUCGGGAUGUAAAGUAGCGCUGAAUGGAAGUGAGUGAUACUACUGCCUAAUCAUAGAAUACUAGCAGCAAAGAAAAAGGAAUAGUGCAACAUAGGAAAAAAAGAGUGAAGAAGUUGCAGCAUAGUUUUAGUUUCAGCAGCCCCCCCUUUUUUACCUUCUUUCCCUUCACCUCUCCUCAAGCUGAUGGCAGGGCACCAGCUGAUUCAGACCACAAGAGGCGAAGGACAAAAAAUACUACCACUACUAGCAACCCCAAGGCUUCAAAAACAGUGUCAGAUACUUAGGGCCCCUCCUAUUAUUACCAUUACCAUAUGCAUUAGUUACUGUUAGUCGAUUACUCCUGCUGCUACUACUAGUAGUACCACCACCAACAACAACCAAUACUACCACCGCCACCAACCCCCCAUUGAUGUGCCACCAAGCUCCUGGCAAGGCCACCGCCAAUAUAAUAGCCACUACUAGUAGUAGUAGUUCUCAUGUAAUAGUAGCACAUUAGGUGCGAUGUUUAGCCAAAAAGUACAGAGGAAUACUACCACAAUGUAUGACAUACACUAGUGCUCUGCUCGCUGUGUUGCAAGACAGUGCAACAAGAUACGGAUGCAUAGCUAGCUAGUUGUGUUGGUGUUUACGUAUGUAUAAUUUCACUUCACUGGAUGAAUGAAGAUAAUGAACAGGUCCGUCA